UAGGUCGUUAGUGUUCACCGAGAUACCGUCGGAUCCGUGUGUCGGCGCGAGCGCUUUUUUUUUAUACAAUUAUAACAUUAUUUUUAUUUUAUUUUUCUACUUAAUACGUUUUAUCGCCCGUCGUCGUUUUCGCGGCCUUCCGACCGAGGUUUUCGUUUUUUUCUUUACGUGUAUUGUGCGUGAACGGUUCCGGAGUGCUUGUAUACGGUUGAUGUGGACUUAACAGCAACGACACACGCAACAUGAAUUCGUUUUUGACGCACAACGCCGGUCUGCCGUACCACCAGCCGUCGCAAAUGCAUCAGAUGAUGAUGGCCGAACCUAAGUACUCGCCGCCGGACGAUUACAAUGUCAACUACAUGAGCUCGCCGGCCGAUUUUUUCGGCAGCCCGCAUCACCAUCACCACCACCAUCACCAUCAGCAGCAGCAGCAACAACAGCAUGAGCAACAAACGGCCGCCGUGGCUACAGCGGCCGCGGCCGUGCACCAUGGGCACCAGCAACAGCCAACGUACCAGGGCCACUACCAACAGCAGAUGCAGGCCAUGUACCCUAGCCCGGGCCAGACGCCGUCGUACUAUACCGGCCCCGCGCCCAGUUAUGGCGCGUACCAGAUGCACCACAACGGGCACGUGCCUCUGGAAGCGCAGCAACCGCCGGCCGCGCUCAUGCACAACCCGGUGCAGCAGUGCAGUCAGGGCGGCAGCAUACCGGCCGGCAACGGCGUCGUCAUGCCGCACGACAUCAAGGACGACUCGUCGCCGUCGCCGCUGGCCUGUCAUCUUCAGCCCAGUCCGUCUUCGUCCAACCACAUGUCCAACAACCCGCUGGACGGAUCGUGUUCCGACGACAUGGACGACAACACGGACACGGACGACAUGAUGCUCACCACCGUUAACGGUUCACCCAUCAUGAUGGACGAUAGCGAAUCCUCUGACAGGGUCAUCUACCCGUGGAUGAAGAAGAACCACGUGGCCGGAAUGCCGAACGGCGCCUACCAACCGGUGGACGUGAAAAGACAACGGACGGCGUACACCAGAUACCAGGUGUUAGAGCUGGAAAAGGAAUUCCACUUCAACAAAUACCUGACCAGGAGGCGCAGGAUAGAGAUAGCGCACUCGCUGGUGCUGUCCGAGCGGCAGAUCAAAAUAUGGUUCCAAAACAGGCGUAUGAAGUACAAGAAGGACAACCACUUGCCCAACACGAAGAACGUGCGCCGGAAAAACGGCGGCUCGCAACCGGCCGGCAAAAAGUCGCGGGCAAAAAACAACAACAACAACAAUAGCAACAACAACAACAACAACAGCAGCAACAACCCCAACCAAAACGCGCCACAGUGUUCGCCGACGUUGACGAAAAUCGACGUGCACGACAUGUCUCCCCAACACCAACAACCCGAACUCCGGUUAACGUCAGACUCCAUGUUGUCGGUACAACAACAACAACCUGCCGUAUCGUCGCACAACAACCCCGUAACCAUGCAGUCACAUCUCCAACAACAACAACAGCACCAAAUGCAGCAGCUCAUGUUGAACCAUCAGCAGCAGCAACCGCCGGUCACGGCCGCCGCCGCCGCCAUGAACAACCCGCACUUGACGCAACACUUGCAGCAAGGCCUACCGAUUGGCGCCGGCGAAUACGACUUGACGCAACUAUAACGGCACGUUUAAAUCCUUUGAACGUUCCGUCGAGGUAUAAUAGUUACUGUCAUUAAAAGAAACUUAUACAAAAAAACCCUAAUGAUUAUCCGUUGUUAUUAUUAUUGUAAUAAUAUAUGAUUUGUGGAUCUCAAUAAUAUAUAUAUAUAUAAAUAAAUAAAUUUAUAAAAUGUAUGUUCGGAAGUGUAAUCGGAUAAAAAAAUACUAAAAAGUCCAAAACAAUUUUAUUAUACAUACACUGUAAGUCCAAGUGUACAGUGUGUCCAAUAAAACUAUCUAUAUUAUACAAGUGCAUGUUGUUAUUGAAGGUAAACGUCUUGUGUUUCAAACGUUAUGUAAAAUUUUAAUUUUUUUUUUUUGAGAACCCAUUUAACGGUUUUUGUACACCCAACGAAACGUAAUUUUAAUAACAAAACAAUUACAAGAAACUCGUGUUAUUUUAUAUAAAUAUGUUUUUUUUCCCAAUAUUAUGUUUUAUGUUUGUUAACGAAUAAAACUAUUUAUUAACAAGUCUUAUAUAAUAUUAUAAUUUAUGUCUAAAAUACAUACAUGAUGCUACCUAAUAUUUAUUAUUAUAAGAAACACGCGCCUACUCGACAUAUAUAUCUAGAUAAUAAUCGAACAAAUCAUCAGCUCAC